CUGAUUCAAUGUGUUAUUUACGAGCGAGAUUUCGAAGAGUUUGAAAUUAUUAGUCUGCCUCAUUGAUAUGUGCCGAUAAAGUACAGAUUCUGCAUUUGUUUUAUGCUGCCAAAAUAACCGCUGUCUGGCUUCGACCCUCGCCCGCUGCGAUCUGCAGUGCUACGGAAAUUCGUACCGUUAAACGACGAAAACUGGAAAACCGAUAUUUCGUGAAUAUUAAAUGUGAAAAUGUGAUGCAGCCGGUUAAAACAAUUAAUGACGCUUCUGCAGUCACUGCUAUUCUCGUGCACUCCGGCCGAUGUAAAUAUCUACCUGAUGUCAUAAUCAAUCUACGGUGAUUGAUUUCCCGCAAAUUAUUGACAUGGACCACAAUGAAUAUUCCAGUCGGCAUUGAGCUUCCAGAAUGGGAAGGAAAAAGAGUUCUUGUGCGCAGCAUUUUAACUUGAGCCGGGAACUUUCGUCCAAGUGUGAGAAAGCCACUUGCAAAUUUUGCGGAUGGUCUAGUGCCAAGAAUACUGUGCGAAUGAAGGCCCAUUUAGCAAAAGGAUGCCGAGACUGUCCCGAAGACGUGCGCACUGCUUUUCUGGAAGAGCUCGAGGAAACCGAGGAGAGUGAGACGGAUUCCCGAGUGGACUACUCGGAAGUGGACCCUAAUGAGACCUUCGAGACGUCGCGUACGUCCGAUCGUCCUCGUCGCGUUGCCGGAAGCAAAUCGCCAAAGAGAAAGAAAAAACGUACGAUAUCCUCUCGCACCGCUCUGGCAGAUGAACACCGUGAAAUUGACCAAGCCUUGGCUGAUUAUCUGUUUUCCACAAAUCUCCCCCUUUCCACCAUAGAAAACCCAUUCUUUAUAGCGUUUUGUAAGAAGAUGCGACCGUCGUAUUCUCUGCCGAAUCGUUCUCGUGUUGUUAGCCAGUCGUUUGUAGGUGGCGCCACCUCUGCCCACUCACAGCACGUGAUGACUGCGGCUUCUACGACCGCCAGUGUACCGCUGCAAUUGGCCACUUUUCAUCCCGGAAACGAAGGAAUGUCGUUUCUGUCUGCGCCGACCGUUCAAGCGGUUCCUCAGCCAAGUUCCGUGCUUGAUCAGUCGCAACAGAUUCCGGGCGGUGUUCAAGUGUUCCGGAUAAUCCCGACAAGCAGUACCAGUUUGCUGUCUCUUUAGCCGAAUUACUCUGUUGUUCAUAAAUAUUUUUGUUGUUGAUGUGGACUUCUGAUAAACUUGUUGCAGCUCCUG